UUUAAUAGACUUGACAUUGAAACUAAAACUUAAACUAAAACCAAAUAAUCAAAGAUGGAUCUCUUGUCGAAUAUAAAAAAAGAGCCUGAGGGCGAGCGUAAAUCGUUAAAGAAAUCCGUGAUUGUCGCUCUGGACAUAUUCGAAGAACCAUCUGGGGCUAAAAAGAAACAACGUGAACAGCACACCUACGCCAUGGAAAUCAAUACAGAUAUUGAGUACCGCUCGCAAUUUCGGGUGCUGGACACAGUCGAUGGCGAGGAGGUGGAUCUGACGCCCAACUAUAUACCCGAAUCGCCGUACACAGAUCAGUUCCUCAAAUUCAAUAUGCAUCUCAAGCACGAAAUGGUCAGCAUGCCACAGGUACACUCCAGAGGCAGCACAGCCCGAUCCCGGACACGUUCCAGCAUGCGCGGCGGAGUCGGCGGCAACAAGCAGUCCAUCGAUGAGCUAAUAAAUGGCAUUAUGUAUGAAACGAUUCUGUUUGAUCCGGGCAGCAGUAUCGAGAAACCGAAUGAUAUGCACAUGCCCGUGCCCUUCAACAAGUCGUUCGUCAAGGUGACGUUGCGCAAGUCGGACUUCAUCGAAUUGCAUUCACAGAUUAGUAGCACCGUGGCCAAGGGCACAACCCAGGGCGAUGCCGUCGAGACGGACAAUCGUCUCUAUGAUUACCUGACCAUGGGCAAGGGCAAGGUGCGUCGUCGUUCCGACAACGAUGCACAGACGGAUCUGGUGCUGACCAACUCGCGGGCGGUGAACACCAUAUUCGUGGACUACGCCACGGUGGGCUCCUAUGUGUCCAAUUUCGAGAUGUACGACACAAUGGAGGGCGUGAGCCAAAAGCAGAGCCGUAUGCAGAGCACCCUGCACAGCCUGAGCAAGGGCUCCGAUGCGCAGCCGCAAUUGGACGAUGCCUCAGUGACCGACUACUUUGGCGAAGAGGAGGCCAAGGAGCGGCACAAGGUGCAUUCGAUAGCACAGGAGCUGUUCAAGAGUCCAGCAUUCAAGAAUGCGAUACUCUUUAUUGGACGCACACUCUCCAGCAAUCUGUACAGGACGGGCAUGCAGCGCUUUCGCAACUUCAAGCAGGUUGAUCGCUGCUCCACGGAUGUCGAGUACAAGUACUCAAUGAAGGUUCUCUUUCGCCUGAUCCCGACACUCAGCCUGGACGAGCGGAAGGCGGUCAGCGAUAUUAGCUUCUGUCACACCAACAGCGACAUUGUGGCCAUUGGCUAUGGCCUGUUCUCGUUCUCCUCGCAGCGUGUCCCAACCACGGGGGAUGUCUAUGUGUGGAGCAUCAAGAAUCCUGGCGAACCGGAACGCGCCUAUUACUACGACAAGCCGGUGACCGCCAUUUGCUUCUCACCCUAUCUGCCCUCCCUGAUUGCCAUUGGCAUGUACGAUGGCAGCGUCGAGGUGCGGGAUGUGGCGGAUGUCACGGAUGUGCCCAUUGCCGUGUCGCAGCGUGGCAGCUCGCCGGGCUGCUCGCCCGUGGUGGCCAUACGCUGGCUCAAGCAGAUCAGCGAGGAUGAUUCCGGUGAGAUUGAUCCGUUUCUCUGCCUUUCGCAGGACGGCUCGGUGACGCGCUAUCGCCUCGGCAAGAGUCCUUUCCUUCUGGGCUUUACACAGAUGACCCUCGAGCGCAUCGAGGGCCAUCCCGAGGGCAUACACGUGCCCAUAGCACCGACCAUGACUGUCGCCGCCAACCGGCAUCCCCAAGGCCUCUACCUAACCACCCAUCCGGUGCACAAGGACAUCUACUAUAUCCUCACCGAUGAGGGCUGCAUCCACAAAUGCUCCAUCAACUAUCAGCAUCAGUAUCUGGAGGUGCUCAAGUGUCAUGAUGGUGGCGUCAAUGUCAUGGAGUUCUCGCCCUGGUCCCCCAAGCUGUUUCUCACCUGCGGCAACGAUUGGUAUGUUAGGAUCUGGGUGGAUGGCAUUACACGACCCCUGAUCGAGCUGCUGGACGACUUUCAGCCCAUCCACUGGGCCAAGUGGAGUCCCACCCACUCCACAAUUAUUGUGGCCGUCAAUCGGGAUACUUGCAGCAUUUGGGAUCUUCGACGCAACAUUCUAAAGCCCAUGGGCAAGCACGAAACGGACUCCUCCUACAACACAAUUGCCCAAUUCUCCAACAGCGGCACAGUCCUGGUGGUGGGCAAUGAACGUGGCAAUACCCUGUUCGAGGCCCUCAAUGACAUGCCCUUUGCCCCACAUUUUCAGUACGAUGAAUUGGAGAAGGCCAUUUACCGAGCGAUUGGCAACGAUCAGGAAUUGUUUAUUGAGCUCAAGAGCAUCGGAUUCUUCGGCUAUCCCAACAAGAAAUGCAUUAGAACUUAAAAGUCGCCAUAUCUACACUGUCAGAGUUAUAAGUAAAUUAA